GGGGUAAGGCCCCAGCCUGGGAGAGGGGUGAGGACAGGGUAUAUGAAUCACAGCGAGGCCUGUCUCUGUUCCCAGGAGCAGCCACUGAGCCCAGUCCACCAUGGAGCUCACGGCCACCUUCCUGGUGCUCUGUGUGGCUCUGUUCAGUCAUCCUGCUGCCACUUUCUUCAUGGACACAAUGGUCAAGCCUGUGGCCUCAGCUCUGACCGACCUCAACCCUGCUGUGGAGGCUGGGGCAGAGGCCCUGGCUGGGGCAGAAGACAUAACUGAGACAGCAGCUCUGGCUGGGGCAGGGGCCAUGGCCAACCCCCUUCUCAAAGGCUUCAGCCCCCUGAAGUUCAUCCUGACCAUCCUGGGGAUCCCAGUGGAACAUCUCAUUGAGGGUUCCAGGAAGUGUGUGGCCGAGCUGGGCCCUGAGGCCGUGGGAGCUGUGAAGUCUCUGCUGGGGUCCCUGAUGUACCUUGGCUGAGCGGAGGCUGGAGUAUCUCUGCCUGGGGAUGAUGCUGCCAUCUGUAGGCUGGGGACCUGCUGCCCAGCCCUGAACAUCCAGCCUUCCUUCCCCUACUCUCUCAAUAAACAUGGAUAAGA